AUGUCUAACAAAGACGAUCUGGCCUACGGUGGUUACUACCAGGCCGAACGUGGGUCCGGUGACGGAUCUCGCGGCUUCGGCGACACCUUCAAGAAGCUCCGCGACACCUACAAAAGCCACCAGGGCUCGUCGCAGUCCAGUCAGAAUCAGACAUACAACCCAAGUGGCUACCAGGGACAAGGUUACCCGACUCAAAGCGAAUCCUCACAAUAUGGAUACAGCCAAGGACAAAGUGGACAGCAGCAGCAGCAGCAACAGCAGCACGGUUAUGGAAAGCCCCCAAAGGAAGACAAGCUCAGUGGAUUCCUCGGCAAGAUCCAAGGCACCGUGGCCGAGUAUGGGAACGAAUUCGCGCAAAAGUUGGGGACCACAAUCGACCCCAAAGCUUACGCCGAAUAUGGCCCCACCAAAACAACCGACCAUCGCUUCGGUAGUUUCGCUCCUCCCCGAGAACACAACGAUGCAAAGUGGUACGUCGAUGGCUGCUCGUAUUUCUGGGCUGUUUCGCGCGCACUGGAGAAUGCCCGGGAGUCCAUCUGGAUUCUGGACUGGUGGUUGUCCCCCGAACUAUACCUCCGCAGACCCCCGGCGAAGAAUGAGCAAUACCGGCUGGACCGAAUGCUGCAGUCUGCGGCUCAGCGGGGUGUUCGUGUUAAUGUGAUUGUCUACAAGGAAGUUACGCAGGCGCUCACUCUAUCUUCCUCCCACACUAAACAUGCUUUGGAGGACUUGCACCCCAAUAUCGCGGUCUUCCGUCAUCCUGAUCACCUUCCGGACCGUCAGGAGCUCGCGGCCUCUAUCACAUCUUCUUUCCAGAACAUGUCUCUUGACUCAGCAAGUCUGAGUAAAAUGUCCAAGGACACCAUCAAAGGACUUUACGGCAUGAAUGAAGAUGUGAUCUUGUAUUGGGCUCACCACGAGAAACUUUGCUUGAUCGAUGGUCAAAUUGCCUUUAUGGGUGGCUUGGACAUGUGCUUCGGCCGUUGGGAUACCCACCAGCAUUCAAUCUCCGAUCUGCAUCCCUCGGAUGUGAACCAGACGGUCUUCCCUGGCCAGGACUACAACAAUUCUCGUGUUCUUGAUUUCGCAGAUGUCGUUCACUGGGAGAAGAACCAGUUGGACAGGAAGUCCAUGUCUCGUAUGGGAUGGUCUGAUAUCUCCGUCAGCCUUCACGGUGCAGCCGUUGAAGACCUGCGCCGUCACUUCGUGGAACGAUGGAACUUUAUAUACGAUGCGAAAUACAAGGUUCGGAGUGACACGAGAUAUGCCAGACUAGCGUUGCACGGGCGUCCUACCUCGUCAACUGGUCAACAGCAACCGGGGUCGCAGCAACAGAACCAAAACCCGUCUCUUUCGGGUCAGCCAAGCCCUCAGUUCCAGCAGCCACCAGCCCCAUCCUGGCAACAGCAGCCUAGUUCGAAGCCAAGUGGAACCAUUUCUACAUACCCACCACCACCGGGCCAGUCGCCUUCGAGCCCUUACCAGCAGACUCAGCCCCAGUUUCAGUCUCAGUCUCAGCAGCCCCAGCAUGAACAACAAUCUCAUGCCCCAUACCAGCCAUACCAGCCUGGGAACACUUCGAGUUACUCACCAUCGCCGGCCCAGGGCCCGAAUCAACACCAGUAUCAGCAGCAACAGAAUACCUCUACUCCGUCUUACUCCGAGGAUACUCAGUACCAUCCUCCAGUGAGUCCAAAUCCUCCCACUUAUCAAUCAUCACCGGCGCAGUCGAGUCAUUCCCCGAGCCAGAGUACACCACAAUACUCCUACACUGGAAAUUCGUUCCCGCCUCCCCCGCCUGGACCUCCUCCACCCCAAAGCACUAAGCCCAGCUAUCAGAGCUACCAGAGCCAGAGCCAGCACCAAGAGCAAUCACCCUACUAUCAACCGCCACCAACCCAGGCUUCCACUGGCGCUCAACAAAGUCAAAAUCAAAACCAGACGCCUUAUUACCCCCCUCCCCCAGGUCAGGAGGCAUCUCACUCCAACACGCGUGGAAUUGAUGAUUACCAAUAUUCUGGCGAUCGCGAACGAGGAUCUUUGGCUCCCCGCCGUUUCGAAGAGAAGUUCACUCAAUAUGGCAACUCCCUUCGUGGCCAACUGGCGGGACAAAUCCACCAGUAUCAAGACAAAUUGACCACAUAUGGCCGUCCCUCGCAAAAUAGAGGAAAUAUGUCCUGCCAGAUUGUGCGUAGUUGCGCGAAGUGGAGCAAUGGCAGCCCAGUUGAGCAUUCCAUUGCUGACGCAUACUGUGCAAUCAUUCGUAACAGUGAGCACUUCGUCUACAUUGAGAAUCAGUUCUUCAUCACUUCGACUGGUGAAUCUCAGCACCCAGUGAAGAACAAAAUUGGAGCUGCGAUUGUUGAGCGUAUUCUUCGCGCUGCCCGCGCUGGACAGAAGUACAAGAUCGUUGUUGUGAUUCCUUCUGUCCCAUGCUUCGCUGGUGACUUGCGUGAUGACGAGACUCUUGGAACACGCGCGAUCAUGGAGUUCCAAUACAACUCCAUCAACCGUGGUGGACACAGUAUUAUGGAACUGAUCGCCCAGGAAGGCUUUAACCCGAUGGAAUACAUCCGUUUCUAUAACCUCCGCAACUAUGAUCGCAUUAACAACGGUGGUAUGAUGGCUGCGGCUGAGCAGCAGAGCGGUGUCAACUAUGAGCAUGCUCAGAGACAGUACGACGUGAAAACUGCUGGUCCUGGUGGAUAUGCCCCGAGUACCACUCGGAGUGCGUUUGACACCAGCGCGCCAUUCCAGCAGUAUCAGCAGGCAGCUCAUCAGGUUCAAGGAAGCCACUCCACUUCAAACCGCUGGGAUAGUGUCAGCGAAUGCUAUAUGCUCGGCGGAGAGGAUAUUCGUAAAGUGCCUUGGGAUGGUCACCCGGAUGCUGAGAUCGAUGCAUUCGUUAGCGAAGAGCUCUAUGUUCACUCAAAGGUCAUGAUCGCCGAUGACCGGGUUGUUGUCUGCGGAUCCGCAAACCUGAACGAUCGCUCUCAGCUCGGUGACCACGACUCUGAGAUUGCCGUAAUCAUCGAGGACUUCACGCCCUUGGCCUCAAGCAUGAACGGCAAGCCAUGGACCGCCAGUCGCUUCGCCGCAUCUCUUCGUCGCGAGCUGUUCCGCAAGCACCUGGGUCUCCUGCCACCGCAAGACUAUCAACGACCGGACGCAAACUUCGAGCCGGUUGGAGUUCCCAACCAAUUCGACUUUGAAUGUCCAGAGAGCAAGGUGGUCGCCGAUCCCUUGGCCGAUACAGUCCAAAGUCUGUGGAACUCGCGCGCCCACACCAACGCCGAGGUCUUCCGCAAGGUAUUCCAUGCAGUGCCAGAUGACACCGUGCGCAACUGGGCUACUUACAAGGAGUUCUAUGAGUACUACUUCCACAAAGCUGACAAGGAGGCCGAGGGUCGGGAAGGAUUCGCCCGGCCGGCGCGAUUCCAGUGGGGCCACGUGGUCCGAGACGACUUCGCGCCUGGUGCGGAGGGAGCGAAGCAGGUCAAAGAACUUCUCAGCCAGGUCAAGGGUACGCUAGUUGAGAUGCCUUUGAUGUUCUUGAUCGAGGAGGAUAUCGCCAAGGAAGGAUUGGCUCUGAAUGACUUGACGGAGCCGCUCUAUACCUAA